UGACACUCACUGAGAGGCGCGGCUCCUUGACUUCCUCAUCUAACUGUCUGUCGCAGCGAGCAGCCCUUCCUCCGCUUUUUAAACCGUUCACCUGAUUAACUUGAUUUAUAAACACUUUAACCUCCGUUUUUCCCCUUACAUUUACACUUUUACAACUUCAUUCCGUAUGGACGCAUUUUAAUCCCGGAGUAGAUAAGGUCUCCAGUCUACUAUGGAUGAGGAGAGAGAGGAUGGGGAUGGGGGUCCUACCUCUAAGACCACUCUGUCUGGGGAACAUGGCCGCCGGAGCAAAGCUAAGAGCCCAGAGCAGCAGGAGAGAGCAGACUCCCCUGGACCCAGCUGUGUCUCCAUGAAGAGUGACCGGUCUAUGGAUCGACCUCCUAACCUUAAAGAUGGACGCCCCUCCAGAGAGGAGAGCCCAGAGCAGCAGCAGAGAGCAGACUCCCCUGGACCCAGCUGUGUCUCCAUGAAGAGUGACCGGUCUAUGGAUAUACCUCCUGAGCUUAAAGAUGGACGCCCCUCCAGAGAGGAGAGCCCAGAGCAGCAGCAGAGAGCAGACUCCCCUGGACCCAGCUGUGUCUCCAUGAAGAGUGACCAGUCUAUGAAUAGACCUCCUGACCUUAAAGAUGGACGCCCCUCCAGAGAGGAGAGAAGGAGGCAGCAGAGAGCAGACUCCCCUGGACCCAGCUGUGUCUCCAUGAAGAGUGACUGCUCUAUGGGUAUACCUGCUAACUUUAAAGAUGGACGCCCCUCCAGAGAGGAGAGAAGGAGGCAGGAGAGAGCAGACUCCCCUGGACCCAGCUGUGUCUCCAUGAAGAGUGACUGGUCUAUGGAUAUACCUGCUACCUUUAAAGAUGGACGCCCCUCCAGAGAGGAGAGGAGGCAGCAGAAAGCAGACUCCCCUGGACCCAGCUGUGUCUCCAUGAAGAGUGACCACUCUAUGGAUAUACCUGUUACCUUUAAAGAUGGACGCCCCUCCAGAGAGGAGAGCCCAGAGCAGCAGGAGAGAGCAGACUCCCCUGGACCCAGCUGUGUCUCCAUGAAGAGUGACUGGUCUAUGGAUAUACCUGCUACCUUUAAAGAUGGACGCCCCUCCAGAGAGGAGAGCCCAGAGCAGCAGCAGAGAGCAGACUCCCCUGGACCCAGCUGUGUCUCCAUGAAGAGUGACCAGUCUAUGAAUAGACCUCCUGACCUUAAAGAUGGACGCCCCUCCAGAGAGGAGAGACACCAGGAUAGGUCAAAGGUUACCAGUGCUCAGUCUGUACAGCAUCAAACAGAGCUGGAGAUGAACCAGGAGGAACUGGCCGACACACUGUGGGGCGGGGACCUUCAAAGGAUCCGUUCUAAAUUUGUGAGGGGAGUUUCAGACCCAGUUAUGAAAGGUCUCCUGGAUGACCUUUGGCAGCAGAAGGUGUUUAGUACUGAGGAAAAGGACUCCGUGAUUGAGGACCAGAAGAGCAAAGUGGACCGAGCACGUCGUCUGAUCGACAUGGUGAUGGGGAAAGGGGAGAGAGCAAGUCAAGCGAUGAUUGAUAGUAUGAAGAAGAGGGACCAACACUUAUGCUACACCCUGGGUCUGAUCUCUUCUCUUGCUGGUGUGGGUCUCCAGUCUACUAUGGAUGAGGAGAGAGAGGAUGGGGGUUCUACCUCUAAGACCACUCUGUCUGGGGAACAUGGCCGCCAGAGCAAAGCUAAGAGCCCAGAGCAGCAGCAGAGAGCAGACUCCCCUGGACCCAGCUGUGUCUCCACAAAGAGUUUCCAGUCGAUGGAACAACCUGCUAGGUUUAAAGAUGGAAAUCAGUCUAUUGAUAAGAGAAGAGUCCAGCAGCAGAGAGCAGACCCCCCUGGACCCAGCUGCGUCUCCACAAAGAGUGACCACUACAUGGAACCACCUGCUAGGUUUAAAGAUGGAAAUCAGUCUAUUGGGAAGAGCCCAGAGCAGCAGGAGAGAGCAGGCUCCCCUGGACCCAGCUGUGUCUCCAUGAAGAGUGACCACUCUCAACCUCCUGACCUUAAAGAUGGACGCCCCUCCAGAGAGGAGAGACCCCAGGAGAGGUCAAAGGCUACCAGUGCUCAGUCUGAACAGCAGCAUCAAACAGAGCUGAUCAAGAGGGCUGAGGAGAAUGCACAGGCUUUCCUAGACAAGGAGCUGAAGAAGCUCUGGAGGGAUCUCUUCACAGAUUACCCACAAUGCUCAGAGAGUCAGAGGGAGGAGGAGGAGUUGGAUGGUAAGAAGGAGGAGCAGAGGAGGCGAGCCAUAGAGGGAGUGGUGGACAUCACAAAGCUCUGCCUGAUGGAGAUGAACCAGGAGGAACUGGCCGACACACUGUGGGGCGGUUCUGCUGCUGUUGAGUGCCAACAUAAAAUCAAGUCUCAUUUGAAGAAGAAGUUAAAGUGUGUGUCUGAGGGAAUCCCUAAAGCAGGAAAUCCAACGGGUCUGAAUGACUUCUACACAGAGCUCUUCAUCACAGAGAGAGGCAGCGGAGAGGUCAACAAAGAACAUGAGGUCAGACUGAUUGAAACAGCUUCCAGGAAACCAGCCAAGGAAGAAACACCAAUCAAAUGUGAAGACAUCUUUAAACCCUUACCUGGACGAGAUCAACCAAUCAGAACAAUAAUGACAACUGGAGUGGCCGGCAUUGGUAAAACCAUCGUAACACAAAAGUUCACUCUGGACUGGGCUGAAGGCAAAGCCAACCACGACAUACACUUCACAUUUCUCUUAACUUUCAGAGAGCUGAAUUUACUGAAAGAGAGAGAGUUUAGCUUGGUGGAACUUCUUCAUCACUUCUAUAUUGUGACCAAAGAAGCAGGAAUCUGCAGAUAUGAACGGUUCAAAGUUCUCUUCAUCUUGGAUGGUCUGGAUGAGUGUCGACUUCCUCUGGACUUCCAGAACAACCCGAUCUGGACUGAUGUCAAAGAGCCGUCCUCGGUGGACGUGCUGCUGACAAACCUCAUCAGGGGCGACCUGCUUCCCUCCGCUCGCAUCUGGAUAACCACACGCCCUGCGGCAGCCAAUCGGAUCCCUGCUGAGUGUGUUGACAUGGUGACAGAGGCGAGGGGGUUCACCGACCCACAGAAGGAGGAGUACUUCAGGAAGAGAUUCAGAGAGCAGACGCUGGCCAACACAAUCAUCUCCCACGUCAAGAAAUCACAAAGCCUCCACAUCAUGUGUCACAUCCCAGUCUUCUGUUGGAUCACUGCUACUGUUCUGGAGGACAUCUUAAAAAAAUCCCAGAUAGAAGAGAUGCCCAAGACCGUGACUCAGAUGUACAGCUACUUCCUUUGGGUUCAGUCGAUACAGGGGGACAGGAAGUAUCAUGGGAGAGCUGAAACGGAUCCAUACUGGGGUCCAGAGAGCAGGAAGAUUAUUGUUUCUUUGGGAAAACUGGCUUUUAACCAGCUGGAGAAAGGCAACCUGAUCUUUUACGAGGCAGACCUGGCAGAGUGUCACAUCGAUAUCAAAGAAGCCUCAGUGUACUCAGGAGUGUUCACCAAGAUCUUUAAAGAGGAGUGCGGGAUUUACCAGGACAAGGUGUUCUGCUUUGUCCAUCUGAGCCUCCAGGAGUUUCUGGCUGCUCUUUAUGUCUUUCUGUCCUUCAUCAACGAUGGUGUCAAUCUGCUCUCAGAAGAACCACCCACCUCUGGGGAAGAUAAACUCCUCCUCCUCUACCAGAGCGCUGUGGACAAGGCCUUACAGAGUGAGAACGGACAACUGGACUUGUUCCUCCGCUUCCUCCUGGGCCUCUCUCUGGAGACCAAUCAGAUUGUCCUACGAGGUCUGCUGGGACAGACAGGAACUAGCUCACUGACCAAUACAAAAACAGUGUCUUACAUCAAGAAGAAGAUAGGUGGAUAUCUCUCUCCAGAGAGAAGCAUCAACCUGUUCCACUGUCUGAAUGAGCUGAACGACCGUUCUCUAGUGAAGGAGAUCGAACAGUCCCUGACAUCAGGAAGUCUCUCCAGAGAUCUCUCUCCUGCUCAACUGUCAGCUCUGGCCUUCAUCCUACUGACAUCAGAAGAGGAGCUGGACGUGUUUGACCUGAAGAAAUACUCUGCUUCAGAGGAGGGUCUUCUGAGGCUGCUGCCAGUGGUCAAAGCCUCUAAAACGUCUCUGCUGAAUGGCUGUGAUCUGUCAGAGGGAUGCUGUGAAGCUCUGGCCUCAGUUCUCAGCUCCAGCUCUAGUCUGAGAGAGCUAAACCUGAGUACCAAUGAUCUGCAGGAUUCAGGAGUGAAGCUGCUCUCUGCUGGACUGGGGAGUCCACACUGUACACUGGAAACUCUCAGCCUGAAUGGCUGUGAUCUGUCAGAGAGAUGCUGUGAAGCUCUGGCCUCAGUUCUCAGCUCCAACUCCUCUAGUCUGAAAAAGCUGGACCUGAGUACCAAUGAUCUGCAGGAUUCAGGAGUGAAGCUGCUCUCUGCUGGACUGGGGAGUCCACACUGUACACUGGAAACUCUCAGCCUCAAUGGCUGUGAUCUGUCAGAGAGAUGCUGUGAAGCUCUGGCCUCAGUUCUCAGCUCCAACUCCUCUCGUCUGAGAGAGCUGGAUCUGAGUACCAAUGAUCUGCAGGAUUCAGGAGUGAAGCUGCUCUCUGCUGGACUGGGGAGUCCGCACUGUACACUGGAAACUCUCAGCUUGUCUGGCUGCCUGGUCACACAGGAAGGCUGUGCUUCUCUGGCCUCAGCUCUGAGCUCCAACCCCUCCCAUCUGAGAGAGCUGAACCUGAGCUACAAUCACCCAGGAGACUCUGGAGCUGCGCUGCUCUCUGCUGGACUGGAGGAUCCACUCUGGAGACUGGACACUCUCAGUGUGGAGCACGGUGGAGUGUGGAGGCUGAAACCAGCUCUAAAGAAGUAUGCCUGUGACCUCACACUGGACCCCAACACGGCCCACAGAGGACUCUCUCUGUCUGAGGACAACAGGAAGGUGACGGCGGUUGGAAGGGACCAGUCGUAUCCGGAUCACCCAGACAGAUUUGACUCCCGGCCCCAGGUGUUGGGUAGAGAGGCUCUGACUGGCCGCUGUUACUGGGAGGUAGAGUGGGAAGGAGGGGUUGAUAUAGGAGUGACAUACAGAGGAAUCACAAGGAGAGGACGGGGUGGUGACAGCAGGCUUGGAGGGAACAACAAGUCCUGGGUUCUUGAUUGUUAUGAUGGUCGUUACUCUGCCUGGUACAACGGUACACAGACAGCCCUCCCUCUCCGCCCCGCUGGCUCCACCAGAGUAGGAGUGUGUCUGGACCGGCCUGCUGGCUCUCUGUCCUUCUACAGAGUGUCCCCAGGUGGAGGAGGGUCCUCAGACACACUGACACACAUCCACACCUUCUGCUCCUCCUUCACCCAGGAGGACCUCCUCCCGGGGGUGAUGGUCUGGAGAGGGGGGGCGUCUCUGUGUCGGUUAUAGA